AUAAAGUUUGUUUUUAAACGUGAAUUCAAGUCAAAUGGAUUUUAUUCAAGAAGUUGCAGUUCUAUUUAAUCAAUUUAUGUUAUUUGUCCAAGUUGCUGACGAGGAUGAUAAUAAUAUUAUUGAAACUGUGAUUUUGAGAAGAAGACAAGACAUUCUUAGGCAGUUAUUACAGCGCCAGCGUUUGAUAUUACAUCGAAUUCACGCAAACAGAACUAUUUAUUACACCGCAUAUGUAGGGACGUGGUUUGCAACGUACCCAGAAAUUCAAUUCAAACGAGAUUUUCGCUUUACAAAAAGAACGUUUCAGCUUCUAGUGGAGAUUGUCAGUCCGCAAAUAUUAACUGACUAUGUGUAUACUGGCCUGCCUGUAACGGAUAAGCUAAUGAUUUUGAUCUGGUGUUUAGCAAACCGUGAAGCCUACCGUGUUUUGUCAAGGCGGUUUGGGAUGAAUCAAGGGACGGUACACUAUGUGGUUAUGAAAACCAUGAAGGUUAUUUAUAAUAUGGCUGACCGCUUCAUAGUAUGGCCGAGAGAAGAAAGAUAUUUAGAGCUCUCAGAAAAUUUUCAAAUUGUAGACAGUCUAGGUAGUUUUUUUAACGAUAGAAAUCAUUUUUGUUUGUCACUGAAUAGCAUUUUUUGUUUAGGGGCUAUCGAUGCCACAGAAUUUGAAAUACGACAACCACUAAACCAGCUGCCAUCUUAUACUAGCAGAAAAUGCAAAACAACUAUUAAGCUUCAAAUAGUAUCUACUCAUGAUUUGGAAAUAAUUGACGCUGCGGUUGGAUUUCCGGGAAGUAUAGGCGAUGCAAGAGUUUUGCGUCUCAGUCCCCUCUCUAGAGCAUUAGGUGCUAAACUUGUACGAUCCAACUAUCAUAUUCUCGGAGAUACAGCUUAUCCACUUCGGCAACAUCUGCUCGUUCCUUUUCGCAAUAACCACGAACUAGAAGAUCAUGAAAUGGCCUUCAAUCGAGCUCUUAAGAGGGACCGACAGGUUGUGGAAAGAGCAUUUGGCCUAUUAAAAAUGAAGUGGCGAAGAGUAAAGUUCCUGGAUUACUUCCGAAUGCGGUAUGCACACCGUACGUUAUUGGUUUGUUGUUGUUUCCAUAAUUUCGGUUUGCGCCAUGACAACUGGCUUGACGAUGCCCCAGACGUUGAAUUGGAUGACGAAGAUGAUCCUGAUUACGAGUUUGACGAAGAGAGAGAGACCGAAGAGGGUGUACAAAAAAGACAGUUUAUUGCAGAACAAUUCAUCGUUUAAUUUCCUUUAGAUUGUUGAAAAUAUGACGCAACACC